UGGUGGGGCGGGGCAUCUCUGUGACGCCAGGGGCUGGGCCUAAAUGGCGACACCCGAGAGGCUCCCGGGGGGGUUUGAACUGGCCAAUGGGCGACCUGCCGAUCGCUUGUCGGAGAAGGAGGAGAAAGCGGGGAGGAGUCGCUGCCAGAGCUGGAUUGAAUCCGCCGCUGCGUCUCCAUGGCAAGACCCUGGCCUCUGACUUCAACGACUUCAUAAGGAAGCGUUUCUGGGCGCAGCCGUGUCGCUUCUGGACAGUCAGUUGCUGUGCGACUUGGACAGCAGAGGAGCACCUCCCAAGUUUUCAUCCAACUGUCACCCCCAAAGCUUACACUCUCCUCCCCUCAGGACGUUUGAUGCCCGGCCCCUGAGAUUCUCACUGACACGCCCCUCUGGGUCCCCCUGAGCAGAGCCUGCUGACCCAAUUGCCCACCUUUGCGGCUUUGAUGCCUAACCAUGUCUGCGUCAUCCUCAGGCGGCUCCCCCAGGUUUCCAUCGUGUGAGAAGAACAGAGUAACAAGUCUCAAGCAGAAAAAGGUCUUGAGGACACCUUGUGGCUCACCCAGUGUGACUGUGACGAUCAACCUUUUUUGUGUUGUCCUCCCCCACCUGCCAGAAGCGAACCAUGAAGGACCGCUCUUCAACUCCCCCCUUACAUGUUCACGUGGAUGAGAACACCCCUGUCCAUGUCCACAUAAAAAAACUCCCGAAAGCAUCAGCGACCAACAGCCAGAAAUCACAUAAGCGCGGAAUGAAAGGGGACACCGUGAAUGUGCGGCGGAGUGUCCGGGUGAAAACCAAGGUACCUUGGAUGCCCCCUGGAAAAUCAUCCACCCGGCAUGUGGGAUGCAAGUGGGAGAAUCCACCUCACUGCCUGGAGAUCACACCACCAUCUUCAGAAAAGCUGGUCUCAGUGAUGCGGUUAAGUGACCUCUCUACCGAAGAUGACGACUCGGGUCACUGUAAAAUGAACCGUUAUGAUAAGAAGAUUGACAGUCUAAUGAACGCGGUUGGUUGUCUCAAGUCUGAGGUCAAGACGCAGAAGGGAGAGCGCCAGAUGGCCAAAAGAUUCCUGGAGGAACGCAAGGAGGAGCUGGAGGAGGUGGCCCAAGAGCUGGCCGAGACCGAGCACGAGAACACGGUGCUGCGGCACAGCAUCGAGCGCAUCAAGGAGGAGAAGGACUUCACCAUGCUUCAGAAGAAACACCUCCAGCAGGAGAAGGAGUGCCUCAUGUCCAAGCUGAUGGAGGCUGAAAUGGAUGGGGCUGCUGCGGCCAAACAAGUCAUGGCCCUGAAGGAUACCAUCGGGAAACUGAAGACGGAGAAACAAAUGACCUGCACGGACAUCAACACCCUAACGAGGCAGAAGGAACUUCUCCUGCAGAAGCUGAGCACAUUUGAGGAGACCAACCGCACCCUCCGAGAACUGCUAAGGGAACAGCACUGCAAAGAGGAUUCCGAAAAGUUGAUGGAGCAACAAGGAACAUUAUUGAAACGGCUGGCAGAGGCGGACUCCGAGAAAGCGCGCCUGCUAUUACUGCUGCAAGACAAAGACAAGGAGGUGGAAGAGCUCCUCCAGGAAAUACAAUGUGAGAAGGCUCAAGCGAAGACAGCAUCUGAGCUUUCGAAGUCCAUGGAGACCAUGCGUGGGCAUUUGCAGGCACAGCUUCGGUGCAAAGAGGCAGAGAACAGUCGCCUCUGCAUGCAGAUCAAGAACCUGGAGCGCAGCGGAAACCAGCAUAAGGUGGAAGUGGAGGCCAUCAUGGAGCAGCUGAAGGAACUGAAGCAGAAGGGAGAACGAGACAAAGAGUCCUUGAAGAGGGCCAUCCGAGCCCAGAAAGAACGAGCUGAGAAGAGUGAGGAGUACGCUGAGCAGCUGCACGUGCAGCUUGCUGACAAGGAUCUUUAUGUUGCUGAAGCUUUAUCCACUCUGGAAUCAUGGAGGAGCCGCUACAACCAAGUUGUGAAAGACAAGGGGGACCUCGAGCUGGAAAUUAUUGUCCUGAACGACCGGGUGACAGAUCUUGUAAACCAACAACAAACCUUGGAGGAGAAGAUGCGGGAAGACCGGGACAGCCUGGUGGAGAGACUACACCGGCAGACUGCCGAGUACUCCGCAUUCAAGCUAGAGAAUGAGAGGCUGAAGGCUAGCUUCACCCCUAUGGAGGAGAAACUCAGCCAGGCGCACGUCGAGGUUCAGCAACUGAAGGCAUCGGUUAAGAACUACGAGGGAAUGAUUGACAACUAUAAGAGUCAGGUGAUGAAGACCAGGCUGGAGGCUGAUGAAGUGGCUGCCCAGCUGGAACGCUGUGACAAAGAGAACAAGAUCCUUAAAGAUGAGAUGAACAAAGAGAUUGAAACGGCGCGGAGGCAGUUCCAGUCCCAGCUGGCUGACCUGCAGCAGCUGCCUGAUAUUCUCAAGAUCACGGAGGCUAAGCUGGCAGAGUGCCAAGACCAGCUGCAGGGCUAUGAGAGGAAGAAUAUCGACCUCACAGCCAUCAUAUCAGACCUGCGCAGCCGGAUCGAACAUCAGGGGGACAAGCUGGAGAUGGCAAGAGAGAAACAUCAGGCUUCCCAGAAGGAAAAUAAACAGCUGAGUCUGAAGGUGGAUGAACUGGAGAGGAAACUGGAGGCGACCAGUGCCCAGAAUAUCGAGUUCCUACAGGUGAUUGCCAAGAGGGAGGAGGCAAUCCACCAGUCCCAGCUGCGACUAGAAGAGAAAACCCGGGAAUGUGGGACCCUGGCGAGGCAGUUGGAGAGCGCCAUUGAAGAUGCCAGGAGGCAGGUGGAACAAACCAAGGAGCACGCAGCCUCCAAGGAGCGAGCAGCCCAGAACAAAAUCCUGGACCUUGAGGCCCAGCUGAGCAGGACCAAGACUGAACUCAGCCAGCUCCGGCGGAGCCGGGAUGAUGCUGACCGCCGCUACCAGAGCCGCCUGCAAGACCUGAAAGACCGCCUGGAGCAGUCGGAGAGCACCAACCGCAGCAUGCAGAACUACGUCCAGUUCCUGAAGUCGUCCUAUGCCAACGUGUUUGGGGAUGGUCCCUACACUUCCUACCUAACGAGCUCUCCCAUCCGCUCCCGGUCUCCUCCUGCCUAAGGCAGCCACUCUUGGGCUAGGAGCUCGGAUGGAUGCCGUGGGAACUGAGGCUUUGCUAAGCCAUACCCAGAAAGCCUGUUGGUUUUCCUCUCUCGUCCUGUGAUGAAGUAUGUUCAGGGUCUUGUCUUAGCUACUAGCUCCAGAAAAGUGCCUGAAGCAGCAGGGGAUGAAGCAGAACCCACUUCGUUCUCUCCUCUCUGACAGCAUCGCCUGACGGAAGUUUUUAAUUACCCUGACAGGCCUUAAAGUUACUACUAUUAGGGUCAGAUUGUAACUCACCGUGACUUUGCUCAUUCCUUUCCCAAGAGAAUGUUUGGACUGGACUUGCCCUCCAGUUCCCUUACAGCUCUCUUCUUUUUAGGACUGUCUCUUGGGUUUUCCCUGACCUGAACCAGCAGGAGCUGUUCGCCAGAGGUCCUCACUGCUCCUCAUGUUCACUUGCUGUUUCCCUUAUUUCACGGGUAUGGUGUUUUCCCCAAGGUGCUCCCCUCCCAAGCCCAGUGGAAACCUCUCAUGGCCAAGUUUCCUCAAGGCCACUUGCCCUCACGCACUUGCCAAUAGACACUCGAGGGCUUAUGUCCAGUUCGCCUUGUAAAAGUACAAUCCCAAUCUCAUUGAUUUUUCUCUUUGCCAGGUUUGUAUCUGUGGAAUGCAUUUAUUCUUGAAACAUGUAUGUUGUUUUACAAAAAGCUUUUAUAAUCAGUAUUUAAGUCUCCAUCGGAUGAUUUCCUUUACCCGCCCCAGCCCUCUUCUAAAAAUGAUUCAGUAAAAUGCUGCAGGAGAGCCAGUAAACGUUUUUAAAGGACUUGGUGUGUGAGACUCCUCAUUUCAUUUUGGCCAGGCUGGCUCUUUCUCCUUUGCGUGCUUUCACUUACAAUCCCAUGAAAGGCCUGGAGAAGACACACUGAAGGGCACUGCUCAGUGUGUGAGGGCAGCCUACUUUAGCUGUUAGGAGGAAGAUGGGAUGUGUAUGUAUUACUAUUUUUUUAAUGUUAAUUGUUUUCUGAAUGAUAAGGUUAUGGGCUAUUUUUGUUC